AUGAGCGGGCUUAUCUCUUCUUUGCUGAUCGAACCCGUCGUUCGGCAGGCCCGCCGCCUCUCCCAGCAGUGGGACACCCAGCUGCCUCCCGCCGAUGAGCAACCUGAGCCCACCUCGGACGCCGCAGAACCGGCCCCUCCAAACACAAACAAUGGUAACAACAGUGGAAUAAUAUCAGCCGCCGCACACGAACAGUGCCCAGGAACAAGGCAGCCUUUCGAUUUGACAAAGCCUUGCGGCAACCCCUCUACGGUAUCACCGAUCGACGGGUACGACCAACACCAUAUGACAGAGCACUCGAGCCCGUCGGACCCGAUAAGGCAGGAUGCGAACUUGAUCAUGUCGCAGUUCCCAAGCGAACAAACAAUUAACGCCUUUGAUCAUCGCCCUUUUACGGCUUCGAACUCCGAUAUUGCCACCGCCAUUCCUCCAACGAAUCCUAGUAUGGAAGACGCUGGUCGAUAUCACUCCUCGGAUAUGGAAGAGUUGGGCGGUCGCGACCUUUUGCCAGAAGAUGACGGCAUGGGGAUCUUGCGAAAAAAGAUCCACGCCAUCAGAGAUCAACAGUCCAGCAACAUUGAAAAGGCACGGUUGAUUCACGAACUGAUGACGGAAAACUACAAUGCCUCUCGUGGCAAUCCCUCUAGCAAGAUCGCACAACUAGUUUCUAGCGCUCCCGGUACUCCAGUCUUGCAGACGAGCAAAUUAUCCAACGAACCAUCAGCGGUUUCCGAAUCCACAAUUCCUGGCGUGCAAAGGCAUGUGCAGUACGACUUGACGGCUGAGGAUCUCAAACCAACAUUUGCCCCCAAAGUCGAACCCGAUGUGCCCCUUGGAGAUGAAGACCUAGAUACAGAGGAAGUUGAGGAGGCUCAGUUGGGAUGUCAGCACUAUAAGAGAAACGUGAAGUUGCAGUGCUAUGCCUGCAAGAAGUGGUACACCUGCCGGUUUUGUCACGAUGAGGUUGAAGACCAUCAUCUCGACCGACCGAAGACCGAGAACAUGCUAUGUAUGCUAUGUGGACAUCCGCAGCCCGCCGCCCAGGCUUGUCGAAGCUGCGGGGAACAGGCUGCACAGUAUUAUUGCAAUGUCUGCAAACUCUGGGACAAUGACAGCAAAAAGAGUAUUUACCACUGCGCAGAUUGUGGUAUCUGCCGUAUUGGACAGGGCUUGGGCAAAGACUUCUUUCAUUGCAAGACAUGUUGCGUCUGUCUACCUAUCUCGAUUGAGAACACCCAUCGGUGUAUUGAGCGAUCGACACAAUGCGAUUGCCCGAUAUGCGGUGAAUACAUGUUCACCUCGCCCGAGACGGUAGUGUUCAUGCGAUGCGGUCACAGCAUCCAUCAAAAAUGUCUGAACGAGUAUUCCAAGUCCUCGUACCGGUGUCCAAUAUGCAGCAAGACCAUCACCAAUAUGGAAACGACGUUCAGAAACUUGGAUCGCACCAUCGAGAGCCAACCCAUGCCAGCUGAAUUCAAGGACACCAAAGCUCUGGUCUACUGUAAUGACUGUGGCGCCAAGUGUGAAUCAUACAAUACGGCUCAACUCCGACUGCUUCAAGGCGAUUUUGUCGAUGGCGUGGAAGAAAGUGGAGAGGAUGAAGGUCUCCGCACUCAUAUGAGAUCAUCUUCUCAUAGUCAGGGCACCGAGGACGCGGCAUUGGUCCUGGCGGCAUUAAGAUUGGAUACCAACCCUGUGCCAGGGCCGAAUCCUGAUCCUCGACUCAAUGCACCCUCGUCUGCGGAACCAAAUGGGCGGUUUGCGUCGUACAGCCUCACACGUGGACGUGCCGUGUCUCCGGUCAUUAGUAACUAUUUUGGUAUUCCGCCCGACCGGGGGACCGAACGCUCACAAUCCGCAUCCAUUUUUGGGAGGACCUCUAAAGAUAACGAAGAUGAGGACUAUGGAGAGGUUCGCUUCUGGGGCACGAAGUUCAAGUACCGAUAUGGCUUCCUCAGUCGUGAGACGGAGUCGGCUGAUGGUGCGGAGUCCGAGAAGGAAGAUGACGACGCGUCAGGGAGCGGAUCGGAUGAGGAGGAGGACGAAGAAGACGAUGACAACGAAAGCAUCGAUAUCUUCGGGCACCGAUAA